GUACAACUAUUAUAUUUACUAUAAUAAUCAAUAAUGUUCAAUAAAAUCAUAGCCGGCUCAGUUGCCUAUGUUAUGCUGUCAUUCAUUGUCAGCGCUUACGCUCAAGGCACGUGUGCACCUCUGUGUAAUUGUGAUUGUCAAUGCGGCGCGACUACAGAUUGCUCCCAGUGUUCAGGACCAUCAACCUGUCCACCGGGAUGGAGCCUGGCACCUGACAACACGUGCGUGAUCAUUGGCCCCAAAACGGCCACGACCUACGGCGCUGCCCUGGCAUAUUGCAAAAACACGUACGGCGCUCACCUGGUCACCAACAAAAAUAGCAUGAAAAACACUUUCUUGAUCAACCUGUUCACGUCAACGAACCUGGGUAGUAGCGUGUGGUUGUGGACCACCAGGGUCGAUAGUAGCAACAACCCGUCCACCAGUUUCAUAUGGUCCGAUGGCGAUGACAUGACCAUGUACAAUAACUUUGCCGGUUCCGAUCCCAAUGGUGGGAGUGCAAAUGAGCUGUGCGUGUUCAUAAACGGGGGAAGCGGUAACCAGUGGUACGAUUACGGUUGCGGUCAAACAGGGUGGAGCGGCUUUAAUUUUGUAGCGUUAUGCCAUUGUUUAGUUAUUUCUUUUGUUCCAGGUCAUACCCUGGUCAGGUGUUUGCGUAUUGACGGCGUUCAUUAUCACGGUAUCUGGUCAAGGAUACUGGAGUGGUCGGCCUGGUACUGGGCCAACACGUCCCGGAUGUCCGUUUGCUCACACACUCCUACACUAUAG